UCGGUGUCGGCCCUGUCGGGCGCCACGGCCGGCAUCCUCGGCCUCACCGGCCUGCACGGCUUCGUCUUCUACUUCCUGGCCUCCGUGCUCCUCUCCGUGCUGCUGGUGCUGAAGGCCGGGCGGCGAUGGAACAAGUACUUCAAGUCCCGGCGGCCGCUCUUCACCGGGGGGCUCGUAGGGGGGCUCUUCACCUACGUCCUCUUCUGGACUUUCCUCUACGGCAUGGUCCACGUCUACUGAAGCGGCGAGGAGCCGCCUCAGCCGCAGUGUUUUUUGUUUCUCUCAAUGAGGCAGGAGGACUGUUGCCAAAAAAGUCGUCGACACCACUAGGCCAGCUUACCUUGUAAACCGUUGUUCGUUGCUUGUAUUGUUAAUGACGUCAGUAAAUUAUGUCCGAGCACAAAUGAAGCGGUAGCACUGUUCUAAUUAAACGCAAUGUGAAACAUCA